GACGGAACGGCGCGACGCGCGCGAAUCUAUCUUCUCCUGGGCAGGAGGUUCAGACGGAAUGUUGCGAAGAGGCUUCUUCAGUCACAACAUAGAUCUCACGUCGUUCGCACUCGGUUGCGGUUGCGGUUGGGGUUGCGUGCGCUCGAAAUCGAGUGUCGGGUUCGGUUUAAGUAUGUUCGAUCGGAAAGGUGCAAUAACAAGCCGCGGAUGAGCGAAAACGGAAACGGCGCGCUGUAGCUGUGUAUAUCUGUGUCUUCGUGGUAUCGAUGAGCUCAAACAGCUCAGGUGAAAAAUCAAGUGGUUUAUUUUGGGUGAAAUUGAGAUGAAAAAUCAGACGAAAAUCAUCCCGAUCAUAGAUUUUUUUUUUCUUCUCUUGAAAAAUGAGGGAAUGUUAUUCAUAGCAUAGCACGCUAAAUGGGAGAUAAAUUUCAGUACUGCGUCUAGAUGAGAGAUAAGCGGAGGAGCCGUUGGCGGAGUGUUGUUAUUUUUGGAAGUGGAAAUCAAUAUCCGUUCAAUUGCAACAUCGUCGAUCUCCCGCGGUGGCAGUUGUUUGAAGUGGAUAAAAGUGUCGAACGAAGCGUGGCAACAGCAAACUUCAAUUAGGAAGCUGCUGAAAAUGGAAUCAAAGUGAGAAAAGGUGAAUCUGGGCGACUAGCUGUGAUGAAACCGUGACGAAUUGCUGGACAGUAGUGGAAUUGUGCUCUGUGGGUGGAGAUUAAUGAUAUUAAUAGAUUAUUUUUCAACUAGCCGCGGACAGUGCUAGACCGGAAGUGUCGCAGCAAAUAUAGUGCCAGUACAAGGGCAAUAUCAUCAACAUAUGUUUGACUAGAUUUGAUAUCACCCAUCCGUCGAGCGGUUGCCCGCUGUUGCCGAGGAUAGCCAUCUUCAUCUGCCAGGAAGCUGGCAGGGCUCGAAACAUUGUGUACUCCCGAUGGGUCACAAGCGGUGGAAUACCAGCACGGAAUCCGAUCCAAUGAAAUUAAACGGUUUAUCGCACUCGAGAUAUGUUCCGCAGUGGCCGCCCGUGUGUCGCAAGAGGGGCAAAAAACAAUCGAAUGCACAUAAAAGCAAAUGAAUAAAUAAACAAACAAACAAAUAAAAACAUUAUCAACGACAAGUGGAAGCCGCGCCGCGAGAAGGGGAAAACAGCGAGAAUUCCACGGAGGCGGAUAGUCGCGCAAAAAUUAUUAUCAAUGCAGGAUAAUUAAUUUUGCUGCGGAACUUUUGUUUUAUCAGGCCAAUACAUCCCGCCUGGAGAGAGAGAGAGAGAGAGAGAGAGAGAGAGAGAGAGAGAGAGCGGUUUGAACCAGCGAGCGAGCGUGGUGUUGCGGCUGAGGUGUGUCCACUAGCGGGGGCACUAGCGCUAAGCGGAGGUUCAAUGACCGAGAACGACCCCACGGGAAUCGUCGGAUAUUACACCAGCACCGAUGCGACCGAUUGGAACGAGACCCUUCGCUUCGUACCGAACCACCACCAGGAGGCCAAAUUGGACGUAACGUAUGCCGUGUUCGAGGGCCUCGUCGCUCUGAUGGCCGUGGUUGGCAACGCGAUGGUGAUAGUGGUGUUCAAACGCGAGCGACGUCUCCGCCGACGGACCAACUUCUAUAUCGUUUCGCUGGCCACGGCUGACUUCCUGGUAGGCCUGCUCGGGGUUCCGUUUGCGGUGCUAUCAUCCGUCGGAUUGCCCAGAAAUCUGUACGCAUGUCUUUUCACCAUCUCCCUUCUGAUCGUGCUGUGCACAAUCUCGAUCUUCUGCCUGGUCGCAGUUUCGGUCGACCGCUACUGGGCCAUUCUACAUCCGAUGGCGUACUCACGCAACGUCCGUACCAAAACUGCAAUCGUAAUCAUCAGCCUGUGCUGGCUCGCCGGGUCCGUCAUCGGUUUCCUGCCGCUAUUCGGUUGGCACGAGACACCCACGGUGGACACCUGUCUCUUCCUCAAGGUCAUGGACUACGACUAUCUGGUGUUUCUGUACUUUGCGACGAUAAUCACCCCCGCGCUCAUCAUGUUGGCGUUCUACGCACACAUCUAUCGGGUGAUAGUGAAACAGCUUCGCCAAAUCGUCACCAUGAACCCCGGCGGGGGUCUUUCGUCGGACAGCCGCCGAUCGUCCGAGCACAGUCGUGUCCGCAUAUCGGCCGUGAAACCGGGCCGCUGCAAAACCGCCGGCCAAGGUGGUGGCACGAUGCUUCGGGUGCUAGGUGCAGCACAGAAACGUGAAGUCAAGGCUACCCAGAAUCUCUCCAUCAUCGUGCUGUUCUUCAUGAUCUGCUGGAUUCCGCUGUACACGAUCAACUGCAUCGUAGCCUUCUGCAGGGACUGUCAGAUUCCACCCACGCUGAUGCUAUUCUGCAUCAUAUUAUCCCAUCUGAAUUCGGCCGUAAACCCGCUGCUAUACGCGUACCAUUUGAAGGACUUCCGGGCGGCGCUGCGGAAUCUCAUUCUCAGCCUGUGCGGAUAUGAAGCGGGUACCCAGGAUCUCAAUUAUCGGGCGUCGCUCGCUAGCCAACAGCAGCUAUACGCGCAACGACAUUCCAUUAUGGAUAAGAGACUCUCGCUGCAGCCAAAAAUCUAUAUCGAUUCUCCAGUUUACCAUCGAGCACAGCAGCAAAUACGCAAUCAACAACGAUUCCUGGAACGCUCGGAAAGUGGACCUUUCCACAGUCCAAACAAGAAACGUCUGAUCAGCAGCACCAGGUCCGAUCCCGGGUUGCCAAACGUUGUCAUCAACACGUCCACCAUCAGCAGUAGCCCAACCAACUCCAACUGUUCCUCACCUCAAAGGUACGAACAUGGAGGACUGCUGGACAUGGCUUUCCAGCGAAGGACUUUGGAGAUGUGGGGAAUUGCGGAGGUUUCCAGUAUGAACGAAAAUAGCGUACAGCGGAAGACUUUGGAUGACGAAGAACUCAAUGAGCUGGUUUCAUCAUGUACCGACAUUGAAGCACCUGUGGUUCAGGAAGAUCAAUGUGCGAGAGACACAACCUCAUGUAUGAAGGCGGAGUUAGAAAACUCAACCAUUAAAAUAGUGGAUAAUGACAAUUCUGAAGCGUUGGAGCUAAACAGUCACCCAAUUGAAGAAGAUCGUAACGUUAGCUCGUUAUACAACAUUGUAAUGUCCAAGAGAAAAAGUCAGAGUACCUGUUGUAUCCUGCAGGAAGCAAACCCCGAUUCUCGGACCACAUCGGACGCCAUCUAUCUCAUCGAGAAUCAUUCACCGAAUCGAAUACUCUCCAACCGAGGGUCACAGUCCCUCGCCAAUAACAACAACAGCGUCGUCCACUGUACAAGCACUGGUUGUGCCAACCUUUGUAGUAUUAAUCUAGUCGAUAGUUUCAACAAUAACCAUAACCACAAUCAACAUUGUAAGCAUGCUUCUAGUCCAGACUUCCCCUCGCCGGAUGGAACCGCCACAGCAAUGUGCCGUAACCGACGCUUGAGCAAGUCGUUUUCUCUGUUCAACCACUCAACUCAGAGUCAACCAUCGAAACUGCUGUUGUCACCGCUUACCACCACCAAUUCGGCGGUAACCACCAUGGGCAGCAGCGGGUCAUCACAUUCCAGCCUUUUCAAACUGUUCAGUUCCGGUGGAACGAAGCAACGCAUUCGGAGCUUCGGAUUCAAUAAACGAUCCCUAUCGAAUGAUAGAUAAAUGAAAACACGUAUUGUAACUGUUAAGUGGAGUUUAUUUAAUACUUUGAUUUUAUUGUAGAAAAUAAAUGUAAAUUCUAUUGAA